UUCUAUAUCAGCAUAGAAACUGGACUCCAGCCUGUGGCUGAUGCCACACUGGAUAUAAGAGCCGUGGCCAUGCCCUUGGACCUCAUUUCUUUGUGGAUUUGUGGAGUCAUACAUUAACCUCACGAGCCAUGGCAUUCCAGACAACUGUGAUCAGCUCACAGCCUCAGGUCUCCGUCAGCCAGUACUCUGUAAGCACCAGAUUAUCAGACUGGAGCUCAAACGUGUGCGACUGCUGUGAAGACUGCGGCAUCUGUCUUUGUGCAACGUUUGUUCCCUGUAUUCUGGCCUGUAAGGUGGCUCAGGACGCCGGGGACAGUUGCUGCAUUCCCUUCCUUCCUGGCGCCAUGAUUGCUUUAAGGACAAGCAUCCGCAGCAGAUACAACAUUGGUGGUUCGGUGUGCGACGACUGGGUAGUAAUGGCUUGCCUGCCUCUGUGUGGAUUGUGUCAGAUGGCGCGAGAGCAGAAGAUGAGGGGAUAAACAGGAAGGAACGCCGAAUAGUUUUCAAAUUACAAAGCAGACGUGUGUGUGGAAAUUUACAUCCUAUGUUUUGGACACAGUUAAUUCAAAUUUACAUUUUAAUAUAUACAGGAAUAUAUACAGGAAUGACAAUAAUUAAAAUGAGAUAUAAUAGCAACCUGAGAAUUGCACUGAACUGCUGUUUUGUUUUAAAUUAUUAUUGUAUACUAUUGCAGUGAAUUAUAUACUAUAUGUUUUAUGUAAAUUUCUGGAAAUGUAUGCAGUAAUUCCUAUUCUGAGACUUGGACUCAGUUUAUUAAACAAUUGAGUUUAUUAGAUCAUUAAUAGUUAAACAGCAACUCGUUGUGUUGCAUUUGUCUUUACGCAACAACCCAGUUCAGAAUGAAGAAGGAAAUGGAUCUUUUCCCAUGUUAAAUCACCAGGUUUGCAAAAGUGGAUACAUUAUUUAUUUGGGAAUUUAUUUACCCCAAAUACUGCUAUUGUAUUGCAUACUCUGCAAUUCAAUUAUGUUUAUCAUUCAUAAAUUUGAUAUUCUAUAAAAAGGGUAAAUUUUAUUUUAUGUAAAUGUCUUAUGUCUGAACUUAAGUGUCUUGUACUGUAUAUUCAUUCAAGCAACAGAAUUUAAAUAAAACCACUUGGAAUUGUUAAA